CCCUCUUCUUUUUGUUAUUCGAUGUACAGGUUUGGAGUUGCUGGAUCUGUGGGUAUUGAUCACCAACAUUCCUCAGCAGUGUGUGUUACAUGCAAUACGGAUUACAUGACUGUCAGCUUGCAACAGGACAGUUAUAAAAUCUCAUUCAUUGACUAACACAGGCAUCAUUCAGGAGUGCGUGUUGAUCAGCAGUGGCACGACAUCGCCUCCUGAGGAUGCUGAAUCUUUGCUGCAGCCUCUUCCUCCGAGAAGACAAAAGGCGGUCUACCUGUAAGACUCUCGUGUUUGGAUUCACAUUGAUAUUCAUCCUCCACUGGCUCGUUAAAUUCGAACAAAUUCGAGAACAUGGAGACUUUGCUGACCUCUCAAUCCCAAUCUCCGAUGACUUCGUACCACUCGGUAUCAAAGAAAUGGAAACUUUUCCCGUCAGUGGCCAACCUCGAUUUCCAAAAAUCAUCCAUCAGACAUGGAGGGAUACCCAAAUACCCCGGAAGUUUGAAAAAUGGGUGAGAACCUGGCAACGUAACCACCCAGGAUGGACGUACAUUCUGUGGACUGAUGAGAGUGCACGGCAACUCAUUUCCGAUAAGUAUCCUUCCUUUCUUCCAGUGUUUGACAGCUACUCGGAAGGAAUUCGUAGAGCAGACGCAUUACGUUACUUCAUUCUGUAUGAGUACGGGGGAGUUUAUGCGGACAUGGAUCUAGAGAGUUUAAAACCGUUAAAUCCAAUCACCUUCAAGUAUUCAUGUAUCCUUGCACAGGAACCAUACGAACAUUCCAUUCUUGAUUCCAACUUCGAACAUCUAAUCAUCAAUGCCUUUAUCGCGUGUCGUAAGGGACAUCCAUUUUUGAAAAUGGUCAUUGAUUAUCUCCCUUCUUUCUCCCACAUGUGGAACGUUCUGGAUUCUACUGGUCCCCAUUUUAUGACGUUUGCAUAUCGGCAGUUUCUAAGCGCACACCAUUAUCCUGAUAAUCACAUGGAUGGAACAUACCUGGCACCAGCGGAAUACUUCUUCCCCUCCAUAGAUCCAGCCAAACAUUUCUGGAUGAGACAGCAGUGUGUCAACUUUGAUAAGAUCAGCACCUUGCAGAAGAAGGCUUGCAUGCAUCUUAAACUGAAAGGUGUUGAAAGAUCGGACAAAUAUGCGUUUACUACUCAUCACUGGAUCCACACCUAUCUUAACUUCAAGUUAUCCCUGAAGGGACCGGUAGAUAUUCAUGUGUUGGUACCAGGCGCUCAGAUAUACCCACAUAUCACUCUCGCACACUGAUCGGCGGCAAUCAAAAUCGGUCAAACGUACAAUCAUGACUUCUGAGUGUUGUCUGUUUUAUUCAUGUGAAUAAUCCCAGGGAUCUCAAUUAAAUGCUGGAAAUCGAUUAUGAAGUUGAUACUUUUUAAGCAGGGAAUUCUACCAAUUAGUAUCUUUGCAAUUAAACGCAAUGGAUAAAGAGUGAAAGAAAUGUAUGUCUUGUGUAACAGACUGAAACAUUCCCCCCUGGCCAUGUCUUCCCUGGGGAAGUAAUAGCCUAGGCCUGUUCCUCCACACCCCUGAACAUCCCCCACCUCAAUCCAGGGGUGUUAAGAACUGGGGAAGGUUCAGCCCACGCCAGUUCUAUCUAGUAAUGGAUCAGUUCUUUUCUACUUUUCAUUCUUUCCUAUUUUUCAAACAUCUAUUGACAUGGGGAAACAAUUUUACGGGGCCAUGUCUCAACCUUCAGGAUCUGGCUAUGGGUUGGGGCAGAACUGGCCCAGGCCAAACCUUUCCCGUGGAAGAACUGUCCAGGAUAUGAUUCAGCCUGGUAACUGAGGGUAUUAUCGAGAAAUAUGGUAUACCUCAUCCCAUGUUUGCUGUAAAAGGCGACUAUGCUUGUUGUUAGAGGCAACUAAUGGGAUCGGGUGGUCAGGCUCGCUGACUUGGUUGGUGCAUGUCAUUGAUUGAGUCAGCAUUUCUUAGACAGACAGAUUGUGAUGUCAUCGUCUACUGUUAUGUCUUUGAAUGAGUGCAUGAGUUGGGAUUAAUGAUGCUUCUUGCAAUAUUCCAGUAAUAACAACUUAGGAUUUAAACAUUGUACCCAUGUGGGGAAUCAAACCAUUGGUCUUAGGCAAGUCAGCACUAGGCUAAUCAAUGCCCAGAAACAAUACCUAGUGGACUGAGAAUGGAUAAUAAUCUCUGUGUGUGUGUGUUUGUGUGAACCAUUGUUAACAUGGCUGGGGACCAACCAAUCAUAGGAAUUUCAUCGUCACAGUUUUUAAACAGAUUUACCAUGGGUAGUUUCAUUCUUGUAAUACAUACCGGGACUUCCUGUAUUUAAGCCCUGGGUGGUGUGCUUUAAAAGAUGUAAAAGACAGGCAGCGGUAACUCACUUUCAUACAGUGUACUAGUCAUGGAUGUUGGUUUUGUGAACCGUUCUCUAAUUGGACUAUUGAUUUUUAGCACAGGAACGUGGGCUUGAUGUGGCAAGGGUGGAAACAAGACUUUGAUAAAAUGGGUCCGACAUGGCCGCUAGUUGGUUAGUUGGAGACGAUUGAAGUUCCAGCAGGACAAGGACUCGUAGUUGUCACCUCUCUUUCCACAUUAACCACUUGUGAUAACCAUGGGCUGUGGCCAAGUUGGAUACGAUCAAUGGUGUCUAUCUGUCAUGCUGAAUGGAACCAGUUGUUUUAUUCCUUUUGUCAGAAUAAUAUAUAUUUAUUUGAUUGUUUUGAUAAAUGCUCACCUAAUGAAAUGUCAGUUGGUUGCGUGGUGCUCGGAAGAUACCUAGGAUCAUCACUAUUUGAUAGUUAUUCAUAAAUACAUGUUUUUGGUAUAGUCAGAAUCGUACAGUUUCUUAAGAUUAUUGAAAGGGUUUUGUCACAUUUAUUUAACACCCAAUUCAUAAUCUUGCAAAAAUGUUUAUGAAGAAUGCAUUUGCUGCUGUUUGUUUAGACUGAGGAGACAACCAGUGUAUAGAUAAUCAAACAGUUGUUGUUUUCAUGCUCUGGUCUACAUGUUUGUAUGGUGUUUUUAUGUUCUGAUGUUGAAAUCAAUUUCUGUGUUUUGUUUCCUGAGCAGAAGGAAUCUAGCUGAAUAAACCUCAAAAGCCAAA